GCGACCGACUCCUUGGCGGCCGAUCUUUAUUCCAGUUGCAAAGAUUGUAGUUUCAUGGCAGCAGAGUGGACCACCGAGUCGUCGGUGCUUCUCGGCGUCAACACGACGCUGCUGCUGCUCAUCGGCGCGGUCUUUGGCCUGAACGUCGCGCGUCACCGCCGCCAGCGCCACGACGCCUACUCGCAGACCAUUAUGCUGCGCCUCGCGCUCACGUUUCUCAUCACGGGGGGCGCGUACUUUCUGAACUUUCUAUGGCAAAUCGUGUAUCGGAGUGAAACGCUGACUGAGAUCCAAGAAGCGGUUGGCCACUUUAUCGCGGGUCUCCUCGAAGGCAUCGUGCUCCUUUCGUUCUUUGCGCUCCUCGUCGUUCAAGUCGGUGGCACGACGCACGCCGUGCGCUUGUUUGCCCAGUUUGCCAGCAACGGCUCCGACGACGCGAGUAGUACGUCCUUGGCGUCGGCGCAACGACACUACAACGUCUACCGACGCAUUCUCUGUCUCUUUGUGCUGGCGCGCCCGUGCAUGGCCGUCGCGCUCUCGCUUCUGCACCCCGAGUCGAAUCCGACCAAGGCGAUUCGCACCGUCAUUGCGGUUGGCAACCUCCUCUUCCUCAUCGCCGCGGUCAUGUCCGUCGUGCGAACGCUGCGGCGUCUCCGCGUCGAGCUUCCUGCAUCAUUCCAUGCCGAGCUCAAGUUCAUCGUUGUCAAGACGCUGCUGCUGCUCUCGGUCAUGCAGUGGACCAUCUACACUUAUAUUGACGAGGACGCGAGGACGCCGUCGCACUUGGAGGUGUACUGGAGCGCGUGCGUGCUCGAGGUGCUCCUCCUCUCGAUCGCAUUUUACGCAGUGUCGGCGCCAGCAUCGUUUGCGAUCGCCGACACGCCCCGCGCACCGUGGUGGCGCUUCUGGGACGUCGCGGAGAACCCGAUUCGCGGCAGCAAGUCGCUCGACCGCCUUCCCGAAUCCGAGUUUAGCCCUGCGCCAGCGUCGCCGCAGCACAAGGUCUAACUCUCCGCUCGGUCUCGAGCAUGACUGUCGAGACGACUAGAUACUCCAUACCUUUGCAUGCCCCACGAUUAUAACGAAAAAGUGAGUUGCUCAUUCGACUACAGA